AUGCUAGAAUCAAAUGAGACAAUGAAUAGAAAAUUAUGUGAUAAAAAUUUGCAUAAAAUAUGCGAAGUUUGCGGCGAUAAAGAAAGAGGCAGAAACUUUGGUGUAAUAACGUGUGAAUCGUGCAAGGCAUUUUUUAGACGCUUUGGUCUUAGGGAUAAGCUCAUCAAUAUUUGUCCCUCAAAUGGCAAUUGCAUUAUAAACCCAUUGACGAGAAGGAUAUGCCAAAAAUGUCGACUCCAGAAGUGUUUUGCGGUCGGAAUGAGAAAAGAAUUUAUCAGAACUGAUGAACAAAAUGAAGAGCGAAAGGAAAUUAUUCGCGAAAAUAAGUUAAAACGUGAAAAAUGUAAUGAUUUGACCGAUUCUUCCGUCUCUUCGGUCUAUUCUUUUACCGAUUCUUCAAAUGAUUUAAUUAUAUUCAAUGAUAACAAAGAGAAAGACAUUUUGAAUGAAUUGCUCGACAAUACAAUUGACUUUACUUUGGAUGAGAUAUCAGACGUUGGAAACAGUAUUACAGACACUAUAAUUGAUGAGACUUUUGUGGUAAUAAUGGAUAUAAAUGAAAAAUGCGAAAACACGGCAAUCGUUCCUAUGUUUAGGGAAAUCACGGAUUAUAACGGUUUGAAUGAAUUGGAAAACAAUAGGAUAUCGGGGUUGUCGAGCGCUGCCGUUCUGUUUGAACACAAAAUGUCUGAUAAUAUAAUACAAGAUGAUGCUAAUACUAUUAUGUUAACAGCAAUAAUGUUUUAUAACCCGAAUCGACCGAACAUAACACAUAAACAAACUGUUAAACUCGAACAACAACUGUAUAUAUAUUUACUGCAAAGAUAUCUGUUAUGGAAACACCGGUCGGAUUCAGAAUCGAGAGUAAAACUUCAAAAACUGAUGCUUUCAUUGAAAGUGUUGAAUACAUUAAAUGAGUUGGAAAUAAAGUUUGGAGUUCCGAACUAUAAGAAUAUUCAACAAUAUAUGGGUCCACUUGUGAAGGAAAUAUAUGAUUUAUAA